UAGCAAGCAGAGUUUCGUUGUUGUUCCUAAACAAUCAGAAACCCAAUACGGCGUCGUUCGUAUCUCAGGUGCAUACGCCGUCGUUUCGACCAACAAAUCAAAGAUGCUAGAAAUUCAACAAGUUUCCAAGAAACAGGAACAAUGGCGGCAGUUCCAUUAUACCCACAAAAUUUCACUCAAAGUCAAAGUCAUUGACGAAACUGCCCUCGUCGAGUUGCCGCCGCUGCUUAACGGAAACGUGAAAUUUAACGGAAACCGUCAAGAAAUCAAAAGGGAGACCAACAAGAAGAAGAAAAAGAAGAAGAAGAAGCAGCCUACACGUGGAGGCGCGAAGGCGAAGGAGGAAGGAGGCAUCGGCGCCGUUGAAAAGAAGAGAGGUGUGUUGGCUUAUCCAAGGGCGGAGAUUGAGUCGCUGAGGUUCGAGAAUUUGGAAGAUCAGAUGAACAAGUGGGCGCAGGUGUACCAUCGGCUCGGUGCACGUGCGGCGCACGAGUACGAUGGACUUGCUGCUUUCUCUACUAAUUAAUCUUCUGCCCAAGCUCAAGAAAUCUGCUAAUUGGGAUGCAGUGGUUUGCAAUGUGCAGUGAAUAGCCUCUCAGCUAUUUGUGAAAAUGCCAAGCAUAACUCUUGUUGCUUCUGGAGAUAGAUUUGUUUAGAGCGAUUUCAAAUAAAGAUCGAUCGAUCUACGGUUUCGUGAAUCGCUCACUGUAUAUAGCUUAGCUUACUCGUAUAUUCUGCAAUUUAGAAUACGACAAGUCCCAUUGUAUUUUGCAGAUCUAUUCUUUCUUGAAUUCGAGGAGGGUUGCAUAAAGCAUAAAACGGCACUCAACUAUAAGAAAAAAGUAAAAAUAGUCGAAUAUAUAAGGUGGUCUUUCGAGUAUAUACUUACAAAGCCACAUUAGAACACACAAUCUCACAGCUCCAUAUACACACACACACA